CACCCCCUUACUUGUCCAUAUCGCAUUCCCACAGGCACAAAGACAGUAUCAUAUUCUCUCUCCUUUAAAUUGGAAGGAUCAGAACGCAUCCUAUUCUUUUUCUCUCCUCUCUCUCCCUCGAAGUUGCAGUAGCGGACGAAUACGACGAUGUCCUCGCGGGACAAGAAACCCAGCUCAAAACCCUCCAGCAGUCGAACCGGUGGUAUCCGCACCCUCUCCGAUUUGAACCGACCGUCCGGUCACGACUCCGACAGUGACUCCGAUGGCCCUCAAGAAUAUUACACAGGGGGCGAAAAAAGUGGCAUGCUCGUUCAAGAUCCUUCAAAGGGUAAUGAUGUGGAUGCAAUUUUUGACCAAGCUAGGCAAUUGGGUGCCGUAGAAAGUCCCAUGGAAAAUCUUCGUCCAUCUUCAAGCUCAACAAGCUUUACUGGAACUGGAAGAUUACUCUCAGGGGAAUCAGUACCCUCUGCUCCUCAGCAGCCUGAGGCUGUUGUACACAACAUUGUGUUCUGGAGAAAUGGUUUCACGGUAAAUGAUGGACCUUUGAGGAGGUUGGAUGAUCCUGAAAAUGCACCUUUCUUGGAGAGCAUCAGAAAGUCCGAAUGUCCAAAAGAGCUCGAGCCUGCGGAUAGGAGGUCCUCUGUUCAUGUCAAUCUCAUAAGAAGGGAUGAGAACUGCCCUGAACCUGAGAAACGCCAGGUUCCGUUUCAAGGUGUGGGAAGAACACUUGGAAGCAGCUCGGCUUCAGCGGCACCAGAGCCAACAGUUGCCGCUCCUCUCAACACUGCUCCAACCCCAUCUAUGGGUUUAGUUGUGGAUAAAACAUUGCCAUCUACCUCGAUUCAACUCAGAUUGGCUGAUGGGACACGCAUGGUUGCUCAUUUUAACCACCACCAUACGAUAGGUGACAUUCGUGCCUUCAUAGAUGCAUCUAGGCCUGGGGGAAUCGGGACAUAUCAGCUGCAGACUGUUGGCUUCCCUCCCAAACAACUCUCUGAUCCAACUGAGACAAUAGAGAAGGCAGGCCUUGCCAAUUCAGUGGUUAUCCAGAAAAUCUAAGUUAGCUCCACAAAUGUCCUCCAUUAGGAUCAUCUUAACUAGGUACUAUGCUAAGAACCAAAGCUGUUCUAUCCAUUUGGGAUUUGAUGCUAUGAGAAGUGCUUGUAUGUGUUUGUGAUUGAGGGUGAAACUCCUAAAAAGCUUUUGAAUAGGAUGCUGUUUCUUGACAAUCAAAGAUUUAAAUCUUCAAUUACAGUCAAGAAGGAUUAUUUCUCGCGCUAUCAUUUGGCUGCUAUAGUGUUUAUCUUCUGUUUCGAUCAUUUUUAUUUAUUUUUUUCAGUGG